AGCGCUCGCGCUGUUGCUUUUAUAAUUCGACUGUCAGACCGAAAGCCCGCCAUUUUCACUGACGAAUCUGACGGACAAACUUUGCCUUUUCUUCGAAAGAGGAUUUGUUAUUGUGCAGUUAGAAGUAACCUUAAGAUUGAUUGACAUCGUAGAUUGAUAACAUGACAAUGUGGUCGCCACGCGCGUGGUUUGUUUCUGCCGUCGCGGUGAUAGUUUUAAGCCAAGAGACACAAGCCAUUUUCACCGUUUUACCGGCCAACAUAUCGGCCAUCGCAGGAGACACAGUCACCUUCAGGUGUACGGCACUUAGCUCUCUGGACACCUUUUUGUACUGGUCUAAAGGAAACACGCACUUGAGUCUCGGCGGGAAACUCCUGCACAGUCUGGACAAUGACUUACGGGAGCGGUACUCUCUGGGCGGGAACCAAAGCAUCGGCGAGUACGAUCUGAGAAUUGAGAACGUCAAGAAGACCGAUGCGGGCGAUUACCAGUGCUCGUACAUCGGCUCGGCGGGAGGUAGGGCUUCCCCACCGGCCACCAUGACGGUGUACGUACCGCCACUUGCCAAGUACCCGCUCUGCAAAGUCCGGACCCAGUCGCAGACAUCGGAGACCACGGGCACGAUGUGGCCGGGAGAUGGUGCCGAGUUCACCUGUCAGUCCUCCGGAGGCGACCCGCCGGCCUUACUGCAGUGGCAGCGGAUCAACAACACCAUACUGGAACCUCAACCAUCACACAUCGUCUACGCGAGGAUACUCCUGCCGGAGGAUAACGGGGUGAGGUUCACGUGCGUAGCGACCGGCCCUGCACUUCGUGAACCUAGGAGGUGUUCCGUGAUGCCCAUGAGGAUCCUUCCCGUGGUCCAGGUCAGACCCCUGACUCGAAUGAUCAUACCUGGAGACAAUGCCACCUUUCAUUGCGAGGGGAGCGCUAUCCCGCACGUGGCCUCUUACUCCUGGCAAGUGGCCGGCAAUCACAUCUCUGAUGGCCAGGCUGGGUUCUCAUUCGCCAACCAGAAACAGCUUCUGACCAUCCACGACGUCAAGCAAAGCCACGAUCAAAUCGAGGUUGCUUGCGAGGCAAGCACUCCCACCGGUAUCGCGGAGAGUGCCUCUGUCAAGAUGGUGGUCACGCCGAUCUAUGUCCCACCGACUCUCCCAUCUGAAGGUACCCCAAUUGAUUUCAUCCCAAGCGCCCCUGCAGGUCCGGAUGACACCAGCGUUGACGAAGAGGAACCCGGUAUAAUCGACGGCGAUCUCUUCAUGAUCACCUUGACGAUCUUUGGAGCUCUUGUCAUUCUACUCCUCGUCGUGGCUGUUGUGAUGGGUUGCUGGGCACUACACGCCAAAGGAAAACGACCGCAGACGCUGAAGAGACCACGAGUCGAGUAUCAAGAGUCGACAGCGACAACCAUUGACUUGGAGCCCUUACCUCUGCCCACCCAGCUUGCCUACGAGCCCCCUACCACGGUGUCCUCGGACCCGAUGGCUAUCCCUGCCCCUCCCUACACAGCUGAUAAGGAGAACGCCCCUGGGUACAUCUCGCAGCUGUAUUCCACGCUGGACAGCUCCCGGUUACCCGCCCGGCCUGCUUUUAGCGGGUUCCCCGAGAAGCCGGUAGCCUCGAUUACCCCGACGCAGGGAGUAGCCUCCACGCUACCGCGCCCGGGCAAAAUCGACAAGCCGUGCGGCACGGGCAAGCCAACCGUCAAGGAGUGCCCGGCAUCGUUUAGUAUCCCGGAAGAGAAGGUGACCUCGCAAGAGGAUAAAAUGAAUGAGGAAAACGAGGACAGGAAGAAUGGCAAUUGAGAAGGAGGCACAGACAACGAAAAUUUGCAAUUGUCUGCGACCUUAAACAAUCAGCUUAUAUGUUUUUAGCUUCGCGAUGAAAAUAAUGUUUUGCAUCAAGCAGAAUUGCGAUAUUGCCGUUUAGUUUAAUACUAUCGGACCCUGGUGGUUGGCAACUUUAAGGUCCUUACGAUGCAAACCAGCAGGGUCAAAAAAAUAAUCUGUUUUAACAUGAUGCUUAUAUGUGGCACAAUCACUUUAUUUAUUGAAACAAAAAUUACCACAAUAUCGAGUUUAUAUUUGUCUUUCAAGUAGGCAGUCCUUUUAACUAUAAAAACCCAGUGAGUCUUGGGCGAAUGCCUUUAAGCAUAUAUGAUGACAAAAGUUUAUGUCGGAAGCUUACGGUGCCCAUGUGACAUGACAUUGAGACCGUGGAUCUUCCUAUUAUAGCCUAAGUGACAAUAACACUGACUCAUGUCUCGCAUUUGUAGUCUCAGCGAUUCCCUUAGACUCUGGAGACCCGACGGCUUCAUUUCUAAGACAGGAAAAUCUGUCAUUUUCCGCCGACGAUAGGUUGGAUCACCCUGGCUCUAACCAGUAUUUAGUCUCAAAAGAAAGUGCACCAGACGGUGUACUAUGUUGACUCACCAAAACCUGUUUACCAGUAAACUUUGUAUGGUUGUUAACACCAAGUUCGUUUUGAAUAUCGUAACGAACUUAUGUUAAAAUAUGUGCAAUACUUAUGUAUAUUUUGUUUACCAAAUUUUGCUCACAAAAAUUAAUAAAGCCAAAUAGCAUAAUUACGCAAAUGAUUCUGACGAAAGGCGGCAGUGCCGCACGCGCACGUCUUGCGCACGUUUUGACUAUACUUCUUGCUUGCAUGAGUAAUUUUUUUCUUUCUUUUUAAUUUUGAAAAAUACAAAAAAAAAUAUAUUUUAAAAUGUUUCAAGAAAUCUUUGUCAAAUACAAGUGCCACAUGCGCAAUUUUUAAAACUUGAUUUGUAAAUGGUAUUCAAAUUAAUUAACGAACACUGUAUUCAUACCAUACCACUUCUGUACUUUGUAAAGUAAGCGAAAAACAUUAAAAAAAAAAGUUUUAAGUUUUACUGUCAAUUUCCUCUGAAGCUACAUUAUACAUUUUCCUGCCAAAGACAAAACUAGUAAAAUAAUUUAUCAUUUUUAAACAAGCUUCCAUAAACAUUCAAUCGGUGUUAUUGUUUUAUUAAGGUCAAACUGUAUUCGACAAUUUGUGUAAUAUUUCGUCCAAAGAAAGUAUUGAAAUUACAAACAAAACAUAUGAAAUUCAUGUCGCCUGGCUUGGCAGAUUACAUCUUGCUAUUGUGAAUGAACAAAUCAAUAAACUUUUAAGGGCAAUACUAAUUCAGCCAUGCUUGCUUUGCAAGUUAACGUGAUUUUAUGGAAAAUAGCAAGCCAUGCGCCAAUGGUGUAAAUAUAAUUAUUUGUGUAAAAUAAAGUUGUCAAAUUUUCUCCAACUGCAUUUGGUCAUUGUACAUAUUAUGGGGUUUGUGCAAUAACGAAAAAUGAAAAUAAAAAAGCAGUGAACUACCGAAAGAAAUGCAACAUUUGGUGUUUAUUUGUGUCAUAAAGCGUGUCUAUUACUUAAAAGUC